AUGGUAUUAAUCUUCCAAUCCUUCGUCCUCUCGCUGCUGUUCGCGCUGCUGUAUUUCAAUUAUAAUCAUGGGGUCCAGCUCAGCAACCUUACGGAUACGUUCGACUCUCUCAUAGCCCCGAACGGACGUCGGAAGCGGAAGGUGGUUUCACGGGAUUCUGCCAAGGUGCACGCCGCGGGAGGGUCAGCGCUGCCUGAUGAGAUGCUGGCGGCGGUGGCGGCGCGGCUCGACGACGAGGACUCAGAUCCUUACUUGGACGAAGUUACAAAGAACAAACAAGUUGACAGCAAGGUCGAUAAUGUCUAUUGGUGUUUCACCUUUAUUUCCGCCAUUUUACUUCGACCUGGUUUUAUCGCGCAGGGUUCUGGCUGCCUGUGCAAACCCAGCUGUAGGCGUCUCACCUAUAUAAAGCGAUUGCGAAUGGCGAUGCAUUCAACCCAAUUCGUAUCGCUACAACUGGGUAUAGUGUACUUUUUCUGA